UCCCCCUUCCCAUUUCCUCUUCUCCUUCACCAGAACUCCUAUCCUCAUUCUUAUCUCGCUGUCAGGUACAACGCAGCAAGGAUAGGUUCAAAGAGAUGGGAUCCGAGACGUUUCUUGAAGUAUUACUGGCCAUACUUUUGCCGCCCGUGGGAGUCUUCCUCCGCUAUGGAUGUGGUGUGGAGUUUUGGAUAGACCUUUUGCUGACCAUAUUGGGGUAUAUACCGGGUAUUAUAUAUGCCAUAUAUGUGUUGGUAGGAUAAUGUUAUGAGUGGAUGGAUGCUAUGUAGAUGGAAAUGUUGUUACGUCGAGUAGUGCACCUAUUGA